CUUCUUCUCUUAUUUUGAAGCCAAACAUCUGACUUCCUGUGUCGCACUCCUGCGUUACUCCUCACUUCUCGCGAGACGAGCUGCUUGCUUGCCAAGAAUAUAUUUAAAAGCCCAAAGUCUGCAGAAUUUAAGAAGUUCACCCAGAAGAAAUGAGUACAGUACUCACAAAGGGAGCGAUCAGUGCUCUGCACAACGGCUUAGCGUUGGACAACCCCGUGCUGCAGCUGGUGAACAUCCGUCAGCUGGAGACGGCCUCAGGCCCUUCCCGGUUCAGGCUCGCCAUGAGUGACGGUCAGCACUCUUCCACUUCCUUCCUGCUGGCCACCCAGCUGAACCAUCUGCCUGAAGAGAACAUCCUGGUACCAAACUGUGUGUGUCGAUUGAAGAAGACCAUCACCAGCACGGUGAAAGGUGGAAAGCCGGUAGUAAUCGUGUUGGACAUGGAAAUAUUGAUGUCAGCAGAGGAAAGCGGGGGGAAGAUUGGAGAUCCCGUCAAAUAUAACACAGACGAUAUGACGGCUUCGCCGCAGAACGUGUCCUCGAGCAGCUCGGAAGAGACUCCAGUCCCGGGACCCUCCUAUCGGAGCAACAGCACCUUUUCUCCUCCUCAAGGCCGUGGCCGGGGUUUCACGGGGAAAUCACCCAUGAAGACUUCCCCCAUGAAUUCUCCCUUGAAGACUUCUCCCAUGAAGGCUUCGCCCAUGAAUUCUCCCAUGAAGGCUUCGCCCAUGAAGGCUUCGCCCAUGAAGGCUUCUCCAUCAACAGCGUCACCCAUGAAGUUUUCGCCCAUGAAGGCUUCUCCCUCAGCUUCUCCAUGGAAAGCGUCCCCCAUGAAGUUUUCACCCGCCAAGGCCUCCACUUCUUCUCCACAAGCUUCACCGAAACCAAUUCCAAUCGCCCAACUCAAUCCCUACCAGAGCAAGUGGACUAUCAAAGCCAGAGUUACCAACAAGUCCGGCGUUCGCACCUGGAGCAAUUCCAGAGGAGAGGGCAAGCUCUUCUCCUUCGACGUGGUGGAUGAAAGCGGAGAAAUCAAGAUCACCGCCUUCAACAAGGAGGCGGACAAGUUUUUCUCUCUAGUGGAGCAAGGAAAGGUGUACUACAUCUCCAAAGCUACCCUGAAGGUGGCCAACAAGCAGUACACCUCGCUGAAGAACGACUACGAGAUGAACCUCCACACCAAUUCCUCCAUCGUGCCCUGCGACGACAGCGAGGGCGUUCCCACGCUGCACUGCGACUUCGUUCCCAUCGCAGAGCUGGAGAACAGAGACAAAGACGCAGUCCUUGAUGUGAUUGGAGUGUGUAAGAGUGCGGAUGAUGUGUCCCGUAUCACGACGAAGAACAGCAGAGAAGUCUCCAAGAGGGCCCUCAGCCUAAUAGACACGACUGGCAAAGCGGUGACUGUCACGCUGUGGGGAGAGGAGGCGGAGAAAUUCGACGGCUCCGGGGAGCCCGUGGUUGCCAUCAAAGGAGCUCGCUUGUCUGAUUUUGGGGGCAGAUCUCUCUCAGCUCUGUUCAGCUCGACAGUCAUGGUCAACCCAGACAUACCGGAGGCCUUUAGUCUGAGGGCCUGGUACGACCAGGGAGGUUACGCACUCGACGGACAAUCGCUGACGGAAAGCAGAUCAGCAGGCAGCAGACUCUCGAUGAACUGGAAAACACUGAGCGACAUCAAGAACGAGCAGCUCGGACAUGGAGAAAAGGCGGACUGUUUCAGCUGCGUGGCGACUGUCGUCUACAUUCGGAAGGAGAACUGUCUGUACCAGGCCUGCCCGACGGCAGAGUGCAACAAGAAGGUCAUAGACCAACACAACGGGCGGUACCGCUGCGAGAAAUGCAACAGGGAGUUUCCCAACUUCAAGUACAGACUCAUUCUCUCAGCCAACUUGGCCGACUUCGGGGACAACCAGUGGGUGACGUGCUUCCAGGAGACGGCUGAAACCCUGCUGGGCCGCAGUGCGGAGGACUUGGGGGAGCUCAGAGACAGGGACGAAGAGGCGUUUGAUGAAGUCUUCCAGGAAGCCAGCUUCAAAACUCACGUCUUUAAAAACAGAGUCAAGCUGGAGACGUACAACGAUGAGACCCGGCUGAAGGUGACGGUCCUGGAGGUCCUUCCCGUCGACCACAGGGACUACAGCAGGCGGCUCCUCCGUAACAUCCGCGCUCUGGCGAGCUGAACUCCGUCCCGGCCGCCCGCCCGCCCGGUGAUUCAACGCGCCUUCAGCUGGUGUCUGACUGGUGUCCCACUUUCCUCCGCCGGCGAGAUAACGGCGUAUCUGAGCAAGGCAGCAGAGGGGUCGCCUGUGACUCAUUUGGAUAAAUGGCAGCAAAACAAAAGGCUGAUAUUUAGUUGUUCGCAGACUCGCCUUUGAAGACGACUGAAGUCUCUUUUAGCUUCAAUUUAACAACCUUUUGAUGUUUUUAAAGUUUGAACGAUGUUUAGAUUUUUAUUGACACAGCUUUGUUUUAGAGCUUUGCAUUUUCAUGCUUAUAUAAAGCGUCAGACUAAGAUUAGAGCAUUUUCUUUGUUGUUUUCCUUUAAGUGAUUCAUCUUUUCUCUGUUGGGGAUGUUCUUUGUUUCAGUGAGACACGCAUGAGUCACAUUUGUUUAAAUUCCUUUGUCUCCUUUCAAACGUGAAGGUGUGGCGGUCGUGUGUGGGAGAUAAUCAUGUUUAAACUGUAUUCACGACGUCUGCUUUUACAAGAUUUACAUUGUGUGAGUACAAAUUCCAGUGUUUGGUUUCCGUUCUCCUUUCCUACAAAAUGUCAAAGAAGAAAACGGUGAUUAAAAGGACG